GUCAGACCAGUUUUCAGGCUGUGUUUGUGUGCAAAUGAACAAGCUCGUGGAAGCCCUCGUAGCCUGAAGUUCAGACUCGAGAAGCCGGAUUUGGUUCUGAGAGAGGUGUUGUUUCAUGUGGCAGAUCUUUUAACAGAUAUGUGGGAUUGAUUUUAACAUCUCACAGUAGAAAAAGAAGACGUUGAUGUGUUUGAGCUCAUCACUGUAAGGAUAAAACAGCCCACCACAGCUGUGAGGCCUCAGCGUCUGGACCAUGUUUUCCUCUGCCACACCAUUCAAAAACCAGCACUACUCGGAGCUGAAGAAGAACUGCAUCAACGACAAGACACUCUAUGAGGAUCCAGAGUUCCCAGCCACCAGUUCAUCACUGUACUUUAGGAAAGCUCCUCCUGGUUAUGUGGAGUGGAAACGACCUGGGGAGAUCAGCAAUGAGCCUCAUCUGUUUGUGGAGGGCAUCAGCGCCCAUGACCUGAACCAGGGCGUAGUGGGGAACUGCUGGUUUGUUGCUGCCUGCUCCUGCCUGGCUUUGAAGCCGCACCUCUGGAAGAAGGUCAUUCCUGACCAUAAAGAGCAGGAGUGGGAUCCCAAACACCCGGAGUGCUAUGCAGGAAUCUUCCACUUUCAGUUCUGGGUGUUUGGAGAGUGGUUGGACGUGGUGGUGGACGACCGGCUUCCCACGAUCAACGGUGAACUCAUCUACUGUCACUCGAAAGACAACAACGAAUUCUGGAGUGCUCUGCUGGAAAAGGCCUACGCCAAGCUUGCUGGCUGCUACGAGUCCCUGGAGGGGGGAAACACCGGAGACGCUGUGGUGGAUUUCAGUGGCGCUGUGGCUGAAGCCAUUGACCUGGAGAAAGAAGCUUAUUAUAAGGACCAGGAAAAACAAGACAAGCUGUUUGAAGAUCUCCUGAAGGUUUGGGACCGUGGAGGAAUCAUAAGCUGCUCCAUCAAGGCACAGCCUCAUGAGAUUGAACUCAAGAUGGCAAACGGGCUGGUGAAAGGUCAUGCAUACUCAGUGACUGCAGUGCAGAAGGUGCGUUUGGGUCACGGGCUGCUGGCCUACUUUAAAAAUGAAACCAUUCCUAUGAUCCGCAUGAGGAACCCCUGGGGCAAGACUGAGUGGAAAGGAGCUUGGAGUGACAGCUCUGAGGAAUGGCAAAAAAUUGGUGAUAUGGAGAGGGGCAACCUUGGUCUCGUAGUAGAGGACGAUGGCGAGUUCUGGAUGUCCUUCGAAGACUGGUGCAAGUACUUCACGGAUGCAGAUGCUUGCCGUCUCAUCAAUACUUCGGUGAUCAGUGUCCACAAGACAUGGCAUGAGGUGGUGCACUUUGGGAGCUGGACCAAAAACGCAGAGCCGCUUUUAAACCGCUGCGGCGGCUGUGCCAACCACAAGCCGACAUUCCUGCAGAACCCACAGUACGUGUUUGACGUUACAAAAGAGGCCGAUGAGGUCCUCAUCUCCUUGCAACAGAAAGACUUGAAGAGCCACAGAAAAUAUGGUCAAGGAGAAAAUCUGAGCAUUGGCUUCGGUGUCUUCAAGGUGGAACUGAACAGGAAGUAUCGGAUGCACGACAUCCUGACCCAACAGUGCGUGGAGACGUCCACUUACAUCAACGCCCGGGCAGUGUUCAUGAGAUGCACCCUCUCACAGGGCCGCUACGUCAUCAUCCCCACCACCUUCAAGCCUUACACGCUGGGGGAUUACAUGCUCCGAGUUUACACUGACGUGGAUUCAGGCUGCAGGGAGUUGACAGAGGAUAAGCCCAGGGUAAGAUGCUGGAGUUCAUUCCUUGGCUACCCUCAAGCUGUGAGUCACGUCUACGUCCACGCAGCCGAGGGGCUGCAGAAUCAAGACAGUUCAGGAGGUGCAGACCCCUAUGUGUUCAUAUCCUGUGAGGGCCGGUCAGUACGAUCCACCAUCAAGACGGACACCCUGCAACCAGAGUUCACAACCAGUGGAGUUUUCUACAGGAAGAAGCCCAGGAAGCCGAUAACUGUGGAGGUGUGGAACAGCAACGCAGUGAAGGAUGAGUUUAUGGGCCAAGUGAUGCUGUCUGGGUCGGUGAAGGACACCGCUAACCCUCAGAGGCUUCAGCUGAGGAAGCGAGGACGGCAGAUGGCCGACGAGAUGCCCGGAACCAUCACUCUGAGGAUCAUCACUUCUACUCAGCUCACCGCCAUAUGACCUCGACAGUGGCCGGGAGAGAGACUGAAUUAUUUUUCAGUGCAGAACGAUGUGGUGAACAUCUUACUCGACAUGUGCCAUCAUCAAAUCACCAAAACCAGCGUGUGUUCUGCUGCUGGAUGUCUGUGCUGGUGUGUGAUUUGAUGUGUGACUUGCACGGUGGUGAAUUGUUUGCAAAGCUGAGAGGCGAGCAGGGCGGAUUGAAUGUCAAUUCUUGUCAUGUCCAAGUGUUUUACCUUUAUUACUUCAAAUCAUGUUUGUGUAACUUAUAAAAUAUUUUUAUACUGACUAAUGCAAGUUGCUUGCAAAGAUAUCAUUCCUGUUUUUACGUUACACUAACAGAUACUGUGAGUUAUAUGGCAGUAAUUUGUCAUUCAAGUCUUAACAUAGUCAGAACAACUUGCCACAUGUACUACACAUCAUUAAUGUAUCAUCUGUUUCUUUCAAUAUCUUCUUUCAUCAGUUCAUAUCAUAUUUUAUUCUCAUGAUUGUUAAGAAAAUGCAAAAACUCUGAAUGGCAUAAAGAAUUAAAAGGAAUUCAACUUCACAAUAUA